ACAGUGGUGACGUCAUCAGGCUGCGCGGCUUCUGUAGUGCCGGUGGCUGGUCAUGGUUACGUGUUCCCUGCGGUAUGAGAGUAGUUGUAGUGUGAACCGCUCGUCCCGGCGGAAGUCUAGAUGCUCCUAUCUGACGUCUGUUUGCCAUGAGGCUGAAACUGAGGAACAUCUUUCUUGUGUACUUCGUGGUUUCCAGCGCUGGUCUCCUGUAUGCAUUGCUGCAGCUUGGUCAGCAAUGUGACUGCACACAUCAAAUGAACCCUGCCAAUGAUGUUCACAGAAGAGAUAACUCACGCCAUCGUGGUGCAGAGAAUUUGCCCAUUAUAUAUGUAGUAACACCAACGUAUGCAAGACCUCAUCAGCGGGCUGAACUUACUCGCCUGUCCCAGACGUUACUUCUUGUCCCUGCUGUUCACUGGAUCUUGGUAGAGGACUCAGCAGAGCGCACUACUUUAGUGGCUGAUCUGCUGGCUCAGAGUGAAUUGCAUUACACCCACCUACAUGUGCAGACCCCACUGGCAAUGAAAAUGAAAGACUCAGACCCAAACUGGUUGAAGCCACGUGGAGUAGAGCAACGAAACAAAGCUUUACGUUGGCUGCAUGAGAACAGGUCAUCCAAGAACCUUGGAGUUGUAUACUUUGCUGAUGAUGACAACACCUAUAGUAUUAAAAUCUUUGAGGAGAUGCGUCAUACACAAAAAGUAUCUGUCUGGCCAGUUGGACUAGUUGGAGGGCUCCGUUAUGAAGGUCCACUGGUGACUGGUGGUAAAGUAGUUGGCUUUCAUACAGCCUGGAAGACACACAGACCAUUUCCUAUGGACAUGGCUGGAUUUGCAGUGUCGUUAUCACUACUGCUGAGUCAUCCAAACACACAGUUUGACCCCAAUGCAGAGAGAGGUUUUCUGGAGAGCAGCCUUCUGGGAUCAUUGGUGACAGUUGGGGAAUUGGAGCCCAAAGCAAAUAAUUGUACUAAGAUCUGGGUGUGGCACACAAGGACUGAAAAACCUAAACUCAAGCAAGAAGACCUCCUGGAGAAGCAGGGGAAGGGAUCGGAUCCUAAAAUUGUAGUGUAAUGUAAGCACAAAAUAUGUGACUGUAUUUUAUAAUAGAUAGCAGAUCCACAUAUGCAGCUGUGGCAGAUCAGUUCCCUGAUAUGAAAUUCUCAGAAAUCAUGUAAUGGCAUUGCUGGAGUCUCUAUGCACUACACAUUCUUCUCAAGAGCAAACUAUAGUUCUUCACAGUAUUUCUGCACUGGGAGAGAUUUAUACAUGGACAGUAAGUUAUUAUUGUCACCUCUUUCUAGCUUCCUAGCGCUUGGUUAUUCGCUCCACAGCCUUUGCUGCUCCUCUGAGCUCCCUGGGUGUAAACUCCCUGUUUGACGCCGCUGACAGACAAUCAAUGGCCGCAGCGGUGACCACCUUCCCUUGUGUCAUAUGACUAUCUGUCUUGACUCAAGGAAGCAGGUCACUGAUACGGUGGCUUAAAAAAUUUACAUCCAGGGAGCCCAGCGUAGCAGCCAAGGUUGUGGAGAAAAGGAGCCAGUGCCAGGAAGCAGGGAAGUAUGCUCCCCCCAAAGAUGCACAACCCCUUUAAAGACAAUGGACGCCUUACAAAGUUUUUAUGACCAAAGCUGAACUUUCAUUUGGUCAUUAAUCAGCUAAGGGUACUAGUGUUAUUUUUUUCUGGUCUUGAAAUCUGGUAACAGGUCUCAAUACCAGCAAAAAUGGAAAGCAAUCUGUUCAGUAUGUAUCAGGAUGUCUUCCGUUCCUUGUACGGUAUUUGACCGAGCAAAAUACCGCAGCAUGUUGAGGUAUUUUUUUCCGGCCCAAAUCCCAGAACAAUAUCGCACUUGCCGGAUCCGGCAUUAAUUUCCAUAGAGAUUCCGGAAAAUGCUGCAUCGCCGGAUCCGGUUUUCCAGUCUGCGCAUGCGCCGGGACAUAGGAGGAGCUAUUUUUGCGUUUGAUCUUUAAAUACCGGAUCUGGUAUUCAGGAUGACACCGGAUCUGUCUAACGGAUCUGGGAAAAAAAGGCUUGCCGGAUCCGGCAGGCUGUUACAUUGCCAGAACUGCCUACCGGAAUCAAAAAAUGCUACUGUGAAAGUACCAUAAGAAGAUCAUUCAAGAGAGGGUUUGGAGACUAAAGUCUGUAUUAGACUGGCUGGUUGUCUCCCAGUUCAUCGUUAACGAGCGUUUAUGCAGUCUAAUACUGCCCCUGAUUAUCUGAGGAAUGAGCAAACUCUCAUUCAUCGGUCAGUCCAGAUUUUUAACCCCUUAGUGACCACCAAUAUGCCUUUUUACUGACUUAAACAAAGGGGGUUUAGGCUAGAAAGCUGGUUUUAAUCACAGAUUAUAUGUAUCCAAAAUGGUGCAUUAAACACACAAGCAAAAAAUAAACCCUCAUAAAGGUACAUUGAUGAAAAAAACAUAAGUUAUAGCUCUUGUAAUGCGAUUUUGAAAAAAUGCGUGGUCACUAUGCCUACAAAUCCUUGUUUGCUGAUCAUGCUGUCUAAUAGCAGUCUGCUGCUGCCAAACAACUAGUCAGUAUGGGGACGAGCGAUGGCAUUAGUGAUCACUGCAUGUAAUAGAAGCAGUCUUCCUCUGCUAGCGAGCAGGUGAACGCUUCCCUCCCGACAGUUGUCUGCUAGAUCGUAUAAUCUAAUACGGUCAGUCUUUCAGAUUUGCUUUCUGCAGAAGCCAUAUAGUUAGCCAUUGACUAGAAUAUGCUGAUCAUGUAAAAUCCAACAGAAAAAGUUUUGUAUGUCUCCGUAUGAAACUCGAGAUACAGAAGUACAGUAAAUGCUUUAGGUACAUGUGGCUCUGUAUAAAAUGGAGACGUAAUACAGCACAUGUGCGUGAGUCCAUAGGCUGGACAGUGGGAUGACAUCUCACCUUUGUCGGACUGCUCUCUGUGCUACUAUUUGCAGCAUACAUGUACAGUUGCAAGAAAAAGUAUGUGAACCCUUUGGAAUGAUAUGGAUUUCUGCACAAAUUGGUCAUAGAUAAAGAUCAGAUCACAUUU